AUGGAAUUACUGGAUUUGAAUGAGCCGGUUACGUGUGCACGAAAAUCCCGUGAGGCAUAUGUCGCUGAGGGAAAAGCUGGGUUCUCAAAUUAUGACACACAAAUCUCGUAUGCACUGGAUCUGUUGAAGACUAAGGAUGAAAAUGCGCUUAUGACAGCGGAGUCCCUUCUAAAAAUUGCCGACGAUGCGAAGAAAAGGGAAUGUUUAUUUCUGAUUGCUUUGGCUAAUACAAAGAUGGGACAUUACGAAAAGGCAAUCGAAUGUUGCGAUAACCUUCUCGCCGUCAAUCCUCAGGACCACCAAUCUUCUGACUUGAAAGCAGAAAUUAAACGCCGACGCAGGCCCGGCACCUUAGGCUUGGGAGCUGUUGGUUUAGCUGUCGGUGGCGUUGCGCUAGGGUUGAUUGGAGCUGCUGCAGCCUACGGCAUCCAGAAGGGCAAAGGACAAUAA